CUGAGCAAGGGCAGGGACCGAACCCGCAACCUCAUGGUUCCUAGUCAGAUUCGUUAACCACUGCGCCACGACGGGAACUCCCCUGCAUCUGUCUUUGACUAACCUUGUCAGUUCUUGGACUAAAAGGGAUGGUGGGAUUGGGGUGGAGGAGUGCUGCCAUCUGGUGGUUUGGCUCUGACCAAAACCUGUCUUUCCCUGAGCUCCUUCAAGUGAGUCAAAGGCAUCAGCUCACCUUUCUGUUCUCACUGCACCAGGCUCAGAAAAACAUGGUCAUUUCUGUUGCUGGAAGGAACCAAUGAGAAAUUCUCCCCUCUCUCUUGUGUGCUGGCCUCUUUCCAGCCAAGAAUCCCAGGCAGCUCAUCUGAGACACAGAGAUGGUUCAGGAUCCCCUAGUCCUUAAAGGGAUUAUGUGCUUGCAGAGAGACAGAAGAUAGACCCCUCUUCUGAGUACUCCCACUCCCUGUUUCCCUUAGCAAAGGGAAGGGGGGCCCUCUCUGACACUUGCAUUUGGGCCUCAGGACAGAGGUGACUAAUCCUACCAGAAUCAGCGUGUGUUCUCAUCACUCUGUUCCCAGCCCGAUAUUGUUACCAGAUGAGAACAUGUCUUAUUGGGUUUAACUUUGAUGGCUGUGGAGACAGAGCAUUUUGUUAUUUAUUUAUUUAUUUAGUCUUUUUAGGGCCACACCAGAGGCAUAUGGAGGUUCCCAGGCUAGGGGUCCAAUUGGAGCUGAAGCCACCGGCCUAUGCCACAGCCACAGCAACACAAGAUCCGAGCCACAUCUGCAACCUAUACCACAGCUCACUACAACACUGGAUCCUUAACCCACUGAGUGAGGCCAUGGAUCGAACCUUCAUCCUCAUGGAUACUAGUCAGAUUCGUUUCUGCUGGGCCACAACGGGAACUCCAGACAGAGCAUUUAGAGUAACAGGCAGUCACCCCCUGUCCUGAAUAAACCCUGGACCCUUCUAAGCUCUGGGGCUUAGAGAGCAGCACUCUCCUGCCGCCUUCCCCCACUGCCAGGGUCCUCAUGCCAGGGCCCUGGAUUCUCCUGCAGAGUAGCUGGGAGAUAGCUCCACAUCCCAGCCUGUUCCCCCUCUGCUGAGACCUGGCUGCCGACAUGGGGUUCUGGGCUCCAGCUCCAGCCUCCUCAGGCUAAUGCUCUCUCUACUCUUUCUCCCUCUGGAGAUGAACAUCUGCAACAAGCCCUCUAACAAGACAGCCCCUGAGAAGAGUGUGUGGACAGCGCCUGCACAGGCCAGCGGACCCUCCCCGGAGCUGCAGGGCCAACGGUCCCGCCGGAAUGGGUGGAGCUGGCCCCCUCACCCACUCCAGAUUGUGGCCUGGCUGCUGUACCUCUUCUUUGCUGUGAUUGGCUUUGGGGUCCUUGUUCCCCUUCUGCCUCACCACUGGGUGCCUGCUGGCUAUGCUUGCAUGGGCGCCAUCUUUGCUGGCCACCUCGUGGUGCACCUGACUGCUGUUUCCAUCGAUCCAGCAGAUGCCAACGUGCGGGACAAGAGCUAUGCAGGGCCCCUGCCCAUCUUCAACCGCAGCCAACACGCACACGUCAUUGAAGACCUGCAUUGCAACUUGUGUGACGUGGAUGUGAGUGCUCGUUCCAAGCACUGCAGCGCCUGCAACAAGUGCGUGUGCGGCUUCGACCACCACUGCAAGUGGCUCAACAACUGCGUGGGCGAGAGGAACUACUGGCUCUUUCUACACAGUGUGGCAUCUGCCUUACUGGGUGUCCUGCUCCUCGUGCUGGUGGCCACUUAUGUCUUUGUGGAGUUCUUUGUCAACCCCAUGCGGCUGCGUACCAACCGCCACUUCGAAGUCCUGAAGAAUCACACAGAUGUGUGGUUCAUGUUCCUGCCUGCUGCCCCUGUGAAGACCCAGGCUCCUGCCAUCCUGGCUCUGGCUGCCCUACUCAUCCUUCUGGGCCUGCUCUCCACAGCUUUGCUCGGCCACCUGCUCUGUUUCCACAUUUAUCUCAUGUGGCACAAGCUCACCACCUAUGAGUACAUUGUGCAGCAUCGUCCGCCACAGGAGGCAAAGGGGUCCCACAGGGAGCUCGAAUCAUGUCCCCCCAAGAUGCGGCCCAUUCAGGAUACAGAGUUCUACAUGCGGACCUUCGGUCAUGUGCGCCCAGAGCCCCCUGGCCAGGCCAGGCUUGCCGCAGUGAAUGCCAACCCCUCCGGGUUUCUUGCCACCCACGGCCAAGUGGAGCCUCCACCACCCUCCUCCCCAGAGACCCUCGCUUUGCCCCCCCGGAUCCAAUCCCAGAAAAAGAGGAAGCGGCGCAUGUAUAAGGUGCCUACCUCUGGGACCUCGGACCGGGAGCCUCCGUUGCCCAGGUUACCGGGGCCCCGGACCCCAGGCCGUCACUCCAGCUCGUCGUCGGAUUCCGCGGACGCCAGCCCUGUACACACCUCUGGGCCUGCGGCUGCCUACCACUCGGCGUCAGCCGAGUCCAUGGACGAGAUUCCGGUGGCUCAGACGCGCCUAGGCAGCGCCGCUCUGGCCGCCGGAGUGGUCAGGGACCGAGGGUCUGGACUGGCGCUGCAGGCGCUUGCGUCAGCCGCUUUCGUGAGCCGGAGCAGCGGCAAGCCCGGGGCUCGGGGCAGCCCGGAGGCUUGUCUGGUGUAGCUGGGCAGAGAAUUAGGAUGGCAGAGGAGCGGCGGCACCGACUCUCUAUGCAACAACCCCACCCCGCCGCAACGAGUGCACUUUAGGGAUCCCUAGGGCCGGCAGGAUCGGCCUCCUCCCCCACGACUCAGUAAUACCCGUCCCACCAGCGAUGAUGCUCCAAUAAACUUUUUUUAUGCUUUUGCUGCCUUAGUGCAUACUCCCUUAAUGACAAGGGCCACGGGCCCUCCUGGAGCUGGACCACUGACAACCUAGGGGCAGUGAGUGACCUCCCAGAUUGUCAUUUGGAGAUACACAAAGACCUGAAAUGCUCAAGUAUGGGGCUCCUGAUUGGGAAAAGUCCUGGAAGGAUGCCUGGCGGUUAUUUUUCGUGAAGGUUUGCACUUGAGAGAAGGGGAAAAGCUGUCUUUGGGCUCUGGAGGCAGCAGCGAGAGCAGAGACUUUUAGGCUAAUAACAGGAUGGGGUGGGGAAUAAAUGAAGGCUGCGGAUCGAGAGGUCCAGGAGCUUUUCCCUGGAAGCAGAAUCAAUGUCGGUGUACCAGGAUUUUGAGGCCGGCACUCAUGAUUCGUUCAUUGUCUCCUCCUGCCCCCAGUGAUCUGGAGUUGUGGCGUGGGAUGUCACACGUUCAUUGGAAAGCUGUGGUCUUGAGUCAGCUCUAGACUCCACUAUCACUAAGUCAAAGGACCUUUCCUGCUCUGCACCGACACCAACCCCCUCCCUCCACCCCCGAAAAAAAAAAGUCUUCUAUUGCAGCUCUGGGAAGCAUGAUAUUCCCUGGAGGUGGGGACCAGCUUUGAACUUUGGGCAGAGUCCAGAACUACAGAAAUCUCGUCCCCCGGCUGGGUUGCGAAGGCCACUGAGCUGCAUCCAGAGCAGCGGGAUGAGACUAUCGCAGCAGCUCCGCCCCCGCAGAGCGGAGAGGGCGGGGUCGGGUGGGUGGAGCCAGCCUGACCUUGGUCACACUCCUGCCAGACAGCCCCGGGGGUGGGACUCACCGUCUCCAUGGAGACCGAGAAACAAGGGAUAAUACGGCGGAACCGCCCGGGCUGCAGUCCCGCCCCAGAGCCGGCAGGGAGCAGAGCUGCGGAGCCGCCCAGUCCCUCUGUCCAUUGUUGUGUCCUUCUGUCCAUCGAACGCCCGCUGCAGGAGCAGCCACGAGGUAGAAGCCGGGUGGCAUGGCAGCAAGCACAGAUGUGGCUGGGCUGGAGGAAAGCUUCCGCAAGUUUGCCAUCCAUGGUGACCCCAAGGCCAGUGGGCAAGAGAUGAAUGGCAAGAACUGGGCCAAGCUGUGCAAGGACUGCAAGGUGGCUGACGGAAAAGCUGUGACAGGGACCGAUGUCGACAUUGUCUUCUCCAAAGUCAAGGGGAAGUCUGCUCGGGUCAUCAACUAUGAGGAGUUCAAGAAAGCCCUAGAAGAGCUGGCACCCAAGCGAUUCAAGGGGAAGAGCAAGGAGGAGGCCUUCGAUGCCAUCUGUCAGCUGGUGGCAGGCAAGGAACCAGCCAAUGUGGGCGUCACU